UUAGGUGGUAAGAUGGAAAACUGGACUAAAAUAAUCUGCAAAAUGAUUCUGAAUUGUAAUUCUAUGCUUAUUUAUCAUUGUCUUUAUACUAUUUAUCUCGUAUUUCCUUGUUUCUAGCAGGAUUUGAAACUCUCAUAUGGAUUUGGCAUAUGUUUAUGCAUAGAUAUUCAUAUCUUUUGUUGAAAUAUUUCCUAAUGUUUUGCUAUGUGAUAGAAAAAAUAAAUGUGGGUUUACUUUUCUUUCGACCAGAUUGUGGUUAAAGCAUAAAUUCUUCUUGCCUAGAGGCCUCCAUAUAAUGCUAUAUGUCCUGCUUGUUGGCUACUCAAACUAUAGUGUUAAUCUAAUUUUUGGUGAUCCAAAGAUGUUUAGAAAUAUAGAAAUUCUUCUACUUGAAUUACCUUUUCACAGGGUUUAAAGAAUAGCUCGUUUCAUAGGUCGUCCUGCUUCAAUAUUCUUCAUUUUGUGAUAUCAAUAAGAGCCAAUAUAUAUUUGAGAAACAAACCGAUUCUAAGUUCGGAAUUCAAGUUUUAAAAGUGGUGAGAUUCAUGGACAUGAAACAACUGUUUGUGAAGUCUCAACUAAUUGAGAAGGAUUUUUCAGAUCUAGUUUUUUAAUUGUUCUUGUUAUGGCUAGUAAAACCUUAAACUAAACUUCUUAUAUGGAUUUGGCAUAUGUUAAUAACUUUUACCCUAAAAAUCUCUCUCUCAAUGUUAAAAGGGUAGAAAAACACAAAAUAUUUAACGUGGUUCGUUUUAUACAUAUGAACAAAACAGUUGCACAUCUUGUGACAAAAUAUCUAAUAAAAUAGAUAGUUAACGAUAUUAAUAUGAUUGACUGAGAAAAUUGUAGAGCUAAUUAGUAUUGCCAAUAAUGUUAUUGACCGAGUUGACUCUUAAAUCAUCAAACAAUAUACAGAAUUACUUUUAAAACUUUGGUAGACUGUGUGUUGUUCUUAAUUUUUCUAUGGUUGAUAGUGACGCUUCUAGGCUAGGAGAGAAUGUGAUUGAGGAGCACAGCUUUUUUACUACUACAUAGCACAUCAAAAUUUAAGCAGCUUCCGAGAACUGGUCCAGAGUGAAAACCAUUAAUUGUUCCUUUCAGUCCAACCAAAAAGCCAAGAAUGAAAGUAGGGCAUAGAUGUGAUGACUAGAAAAGUAUACACAUCCUUUCAGUCCAACCAAAAAGUCAAGAAUUAAUGAAAGUAGGGCAUAGAUGUGAUGACUAGAAAAGUAUACACAUUUAAUGGUGAAGCCAAAGUCAAGUCAAUCAUCUUUUCGUACCCAAGGGACUAAAAUGAGUUCAAUAAAGCAAUCACAGCAUAAAUAAAAUUUAUAAAAUAAUAAACCGCAUAAUAAGAGAUAGAUUGCAACCACCAUGAAAGACUUUGUCUGUGUUAGAAAUCUCCUUUCAGGGUGUUUUUGAGCGUAGUAAGUUUCACGCAAAAAGAAGAUGGAAAGCAAACAAAUUAAGCUUAAUCAAAAAAUUGGGUUCUUAGGUAUCUUCAAAACCUCUAUCUUAGUUUCUUCCAAAAAUAUCAACUUCAUCAUCUUCGCUUUUAUCAUUUCCCUCCCCUUGUUCUGCUUCUUGGUUUACUAUGAAUUUCCUUUGCAAAAGUUUCUCCUUGAAACCUUUGAAAUUGUAAAAGGAUUUGGCUUCCCAUUUUAUAUGCUUGAAAAUCAAAAAAUGGAUUAUCUUCAAGAGUGGGCUCAAAUGGGUUUUCUCUGUUUGAUUCCCUUCCAUCUCCUACAACUCAUCACAGUGCUACCGAUUGUUGAUUUGGCAUCAAAAAUAUACAAAGAAGGCAAACCGAUGAGUCUUAAAGAUAUGGUACAAAAACCAAUGAUCAACAUGGAAAGAUUGAGAGGCACUUUGAUCCCUUUCCUCUAUGUCGCCUUCUUAUCAACUUGUGCUCUACUCCAAUUCACAUUGUUAGUAACGAUUUCUCCUAUUUCUUCAAUUGAUUAUAUCUAUAGUGUUUUUCCUACAGCAGUUCUUGGAGGAGCUUUGAUAGAACUUCUAAUCCUUUACUCGGCAUUGAGUGCUGUGGGGAAUACGAGUAUUGUGGUUUCAGUUUUGGAGGGUGUGUAUGGGAUACGGGCAUUGAGUUUAUCAUCUUACUACACCAGAGGAAAUGAUCUGUGUGGGAUAAUUUUGAUGCUUGUGUUCUUUGCAUGGGAAAAUGGUUUAAGAUUUUCGUGCCGCUAUAUUGGCUGUUAUAAAUCAGGAUAUGGAAUUAUUGCACAGGUUAGCUUGUCCUGCCUGGGGAACACACUGAAAUGGAUCGUCUUCGUGGUACAUUACCACAAUUGCAAAGACAGAACUUUAGUGAAGAAAGUUGAUGAAGAAGCAGGAUCAGAAAUUGGACCAGUUGGGUAAAUAAAGUGAAUCGGUAAGAUGCAAAGCCGGAAUAAAAUAAUCUGUAAAAUGAUUCUGAAUUAUAGUUCUGUGCUUAUUUGUCAUUCUGUCUUUAUAUUAACUACCUUGUUUUUCCUUGUUUCUCGCAUGAUUUGAAAGUUUCAAUAUGGAUUUGGCAUAUGCUUAUACAGAGAUA